AUGGACGACGCUGCCCGCCUCGUGUUGGAGCUGCGAGAUCGGCUGGCCGAGCUCGAUGGGAAGGUGGCCGCCUACCAGCGGGAUAUGCUCGCCGAGUUCCACCGUCAUAUGGACGAGUGUCUGAGGAAAUACCCGGACGACGUCUCGAGCGAAGUAUCACGCACCGUUACCGCUUCGGUAUUCGCGGGGGAUUACCCGUCACUAAGCCCCUCGCAUCUUCGCGACGCUUCUAGACCACCACUGACACUGACAACACGACCGCCGGUCUCUCCGGCCAUCGUCAACUCAUCAACAAGCCGCGGCACCUGGGGCAGUCCCGGUGGCCGCAAAUCCCCCCCACCUAUUCUCCGCCACACGUCGGGAACCCCGAUGGAAGGCUCACGCAGUCCCCAUGCCAGAGAGAAAGAAUUCCAGGGCUUAUUUACACCGACCUACCUCCCACUGCUCGAGAACGACAGUCGCCGGUCAUCUCUCCAUUCGCCCCCGAUGUCGCCGCCCCCGACGUCCGAAGGCUCGCCGCUGCCGCUGUCGACCGACAACGUGGACAAAGUAAACAAGGCAUUGGCAGCCGCCCAAGACCCGAAGCCGCCGGCUCUCACGACCAACUUUGAUAACAGGCCGGUGCCGCUGCGCAGGCUGACGGACCGGUCCGAGGCGUCCUCGUCGCUCGAGUCCUACGGCAGCGAGUCCAAUAUUACGACGACGAGCAAAGGUCGCCGGCGGAGCGCAUUGCGGCGGUCGUCUAGCUCGAACAAGGACAGUCCGCGACGCGUGCGCUUCGAGUUUGAGGGCGAGGAGAUUUUUCCGGCGUCGUCGUCUCCCCGGACACCGACGGCGAUGACGUUCACCGACGAGAGUGGGGCCGCCGAGGCGCAGGCUCCCACUGCGACUGCGACUGCUGCUGCUACCGCUGAGGCUGAGGCGGAGUCACUGGAAUUUGCCACCGAACAGGAUAACGUUGACAGGGUGCAGGGGAAUGGUGAUGAUGAGUCAAUCACAUACUCGGGGACUUCUUUGUUGGAUGUCGAAGGAGAGGAGGACGCGUUUCCAAAACCAAAAAAGGUUUCUUCGACACAGGCACUACAGGCACUAACCCGGAGCCCGCUAGAGGAGGGCACAACUUGGAGGGUCGUCAAUCCAGAUCCUGAAGAGGUUCCCCCCAGCAGCAUGAACGGCGAGAAAGUUCCAGAACGCCCAAAGGGCCUGACGACGAGAAACGAUUCGCAGGCGACGAUCCGGCCGAAUGGGAAUGGGUAUAAGGUUGUCGAUCAGGAUACUAGGGUAUACGUCGAUGAAGUAGUGCAAGACGUUGACGAUGACAGCGAUAGCGAGGAAGGGGAUGAAGAUGAAGAGGAGGAUGAGGAGGACUCAGCAUCUGAGGACGAGUUUUUGUCUAUCCCUAUCCGACGCAAACCAACAUCACCACCAUCAGAUCCCGGCGCUCUGCCAGCUCGGCCACCAAAUUUGACGCGCCCAACGCUGAAAGCAGCCGAACCAGCACAGCCCCAGCAAUCGGAGUCGGCCAGCCUAGACAAUAGCGUAGACGACGACCCGUUUUUUGAGUUCGAUGAUGAAGUCGGCGGACCUUCCAGUUCCUCCCCGCAAAAACACCAAAAAUAUCUCCCCGACCCCGACUCAUCCGACGAAGACCCAACCCCAGGCCGCCUCCGCAAAGCCGCGCGCGAAGAGCAGCAACGGUUACAGCAGCAACAAGCAGGCGGCGAUACCGUUUCCUCCCCGUCCGGCCCUACAACCACCAACGCCAAAGCCAACACCAAUGCCACCCCCAUGUCCCCUUCCUCCGCCCUCUUUGACCACAGCAUCGGCUCCUAUAUGGGCCGCUCCGUAACCAUCGCCCCGAUCAAGGACGCCAAGCUGUACGAUGAAAUCGCCGAGAUGCGGGACGUGCGGUUUUCGGUCGGCAGUCUGAAGGAUGUGACGGGGAUUGAGGCUGCCGCGAUGGGGAGUUAUCGCGCUUCGGCGCCGAGUUUGGCGAGGGAUAGUGGGUUUACGCCGAGGAGCUUUUCGGAGCGGUUGGUGUUAGAGGAUGAGAUGGAGAGGAGGCGGGUUGCGGGGGAAGGGGGGGAUGACGAGUUUUAG